UCGUUUAUACGUCGUUGCGAUAAGAAGCGCUUCUUCUUCAAGUAUCCUAAAACCCCACGGAGUCGAUGGGGGAAUCCCGAUGCCGAUGACAUGGGGAACGGCGACCACCACCGCAACCAGAUUGCCGCGGCAGCCGCCCACGCCUCGAAGUGGACGGAGCGGCGGCCGGUGCUGGCCCUUCUCGCCGCUCUCCUCCUCCUCGCUGGCCUACUCGCCUUGUCCUGCUCCCGCGGCGCCCCGACGUUCUCCCUCUCCCCUCUCAGAUCCCUCCCCCUCUUCCGCCCCGGCGAGCCCCUCCGCUCCUCCUCCGACGGAGACACCGCGCCGAUGACCGAGGAGGGGAGGCGGAAGCGGGAGCUCGACCGGAGCAGGAUCGCGAUAUGCCUCGUGGGCGGGGCGCGACGGUUCGAGCUGACGGGGCCGUCCAUCAUCAGGUACCUGCUCGACGACUUCCCCAACGCGGACCUCUUCCUCCACACCCCACUCGACAAGGACUCGUACAAGCUCUCGCUACUCAAUGGCGCGCCGAGGAUCGCCGCCGUGCGCAUCUUCACGCAGAGGCCGAUCCCGACGACCGAGUCGCAAGAGAGGGUGCUUACAGCCAACGGCUCGCCCAACGGAAUCCAGGGUCUGUUGCAGUACUUCAACCUGGUGGAAGGUUGCCUGAGGAUGAUCGAGUCGCACGAAUCUAACGGCAACUUCACCUACGAUUGGAUCGUCCGCACACGCGUCGACGGUUACUGGUCCGGCCCGGUCGACGUGAAGGCCUUCUGCAAAGGCGCCUACGUCGUCCCCUCCGGCUCCCGGUUCGGUGGCCUCAACGACCGGUUCGGCAUCGGCGACCGUGCCACCUCCGAGUUCGCCCUUUCCCGCCUUUCCCUUAUCCCUCGCCUCGACGCCGCCGGGUGCCGGCAGCUCAACUCGGAGUCGGCCUUCAAAGCGCAGCUGGCGAUCUCGAAGGUGCGGUGUGAGGAGAUUAGGGUUCCCUUUUGCGUGAUGAGCGACCGGAGGUACGAGUUCCCGCCGAGCCGGUACGGCGUGCCGGUGGCAGCGAUGCGGAGCAAGGGGCCGCUGAGCGGGGCCAAGUGCCGGCCGUGCGAGCCGGUAUGCGCCGGGCAGUGCGCGGCCGAGGUGGGGGCGGUGCUGGACCGCGGGUGGAGCUGGACCGAGUGGCGCAACGACAGCAUGCAGUUGUGCGACGCCAGCGACGGGUGGGCUCCGGGGUGGGCGAACAUGUUCGACCAAUUUGCAGGGCCCGAGCUGGCGGCAGCGCGGAAUAGGGUGGUGGCGCUGGAUAUGGCGACAUGCGUAGACGACUUGGAGACCAUGAGGAAGAAGGCGGGGAAAUGGGAUGCGCCGGCGGCGGACAAGAUCUGCAAGCCGGGCGUAUUAUUAACCCGUACAAACUCGACAGUUUUGUAGACUUGGUUUUUGGCAGGAAGCUGCAGGAAAAUGGCACAUUUCUUUGAAAGUAGAAUUCACAUUAUUGUAUAGAAACAGAAGUUCAAUUUGGUACUGUACUCAUCGGGUAGACUCGUAGUAGGGAAAGUGUUCGACUAAUGAUAAGGAUUGGGUUGGUGGUCACUGUCGAAGGUUGCGGAGUUUGGAAGACAAUUACCAUCUGUGGGGAUUAUGGUUGGAGAAAAGAGUAGCUUCAUAUAUCAAAGCCGGCAAAAAGAGAAAUAUUAGGUGGGCUAAAUGCCCUUUUUUCCCUUUUGGACAA